CAGCGCUUCCAUUCAUGAUGAGGGGCUCUGUGGUGUUUUGUUUGGCUGUCAGCUUUGCCAUGUUUGGAUUUGUCCUCUCGCUGCAAUGUUACUCCUGCCCUGAGGGCUCCUCCAACAACUGUGGAGUCAAACAUGAGUGUGACCAAGGGGAAGACAGCUGCCUCAAACUCACCAGUGGUGAAACAACCUAUACUAGAUGUAUGAGAUACACAGACUGCGACUAUAUGACUCUGGCUGUCAGAUAUGGCCUCCCUGAGUUCGACUUCUCCUGCUGUCAGUCAAAACUCUGCAAUGGUCAAGAGAAAAGUUUCUUUCAGAGGUUGAAGGAGUUCUUCGGUUAGAAAUUUUAAGAAAUGGUGGAAAAAAUAAGAAAACAUACAGUCCUGAUUUCAGUAUGUUGUGUCUUCCAUGUAGCACUUAUUUGCUGUACCAUGGCUGAACAUUGUUAAACACUCAACAAUAAAGUCUUAAUAAACAUA